AUGUCGUUACGGUGUCAUCUCGGCGUUUGGCGCAUACCGACGUCUCGUUUCCCGGACUUUUCAAACUACCGUAGAGAGGUAACUUUGGAUACACAGAAAGCUGCGCGUGAUACCGAAGAUCAACGACGCUCUCUCGCUCAUGCCGUUUACUAUGGAGGUACGCUGAGUUUUUCUAGUUUCUAA